UUUUCGUCUACAUCCGUUGGGCGUUCCAAUUUCUCCCAUUUAUUUUAAUACCAGUGGUCUGUAUUUGCUAAACUCUCUCUGGCAGAACAGUUUGUUUCAUGCUAACUGUUAUUCUACUGCUCUUUAUUUCUAUGGUUCAUAGUCCCGUCCUAAACGCGCAUUGGCGCGCUCUGCAUCCUUCCGUCGGGUCCCCGGUCAUCACUCCGUUAGCCUAGGUAAGACUGGCGAAAAUAUGGCGGGUAUGGGCGCCUCGGGUCCCGGACCGGUUUCGACUCUCGACCAGGUGGAUAAAGGACUGAAGGAGACGCUAAUAGACGCGUUGAACGCCAUCCUGUCACCGGUGCAAGAAGUGCGCGCUGCGGCGGAGGAGCGCAUUAAAGUGCUGGAAGUGACGGAGGAAUUUGGAGUUCACCUUGUGGAGCUUACUGUUGAUCCACAUGGAGCACUUGCUAUACGCCAACUGGCCUCUGUCAUUCUGAAGCAGUAUGUGGAGACCCACUGGUGUGCCCAAUCUGAAAAAUACAGGCCCCCAGAGACUACUGAUUGGGCCAAAGCUGCGAUUCGUGAGCUUCUGCCAAGUGGCCUGCGGGAGGCCAUUAGUAAGGUGCGCUCUAGCGUGGCCUAUGCCUUGUCUGCUAUAGCACACUGGGACUGGCCUGAGGCUUGGCCUGGGCUUUUCAAGCUCCUCAUGGACAUGCUGGCCAGUGGGGAUGUCAGUGCUGUACAUGGCGCUAUGAGGGUCCUUACAGAGUUUACCCGAGAGGUGACUGAUGUACAGAUGCCAGAUGUUGCACCUGUCAUUUUGCCUCAAAUGUACAAGAUUUUUACCAUGGCAGAGGUUUAUAGCAUUCGCACCCGAUCCAGAGCAAUUGAGAUCUUUACCACUUGUGCCAAUCUCAUCUGUGCUAUUGAUGAAGUAGCAAAGGGUGCUGCCAACACUCUGAUCUUCCCAGUUGUGCAACAGUUCACCGAGGCCUUCAUACAGGCCCUGCAGAUUCCAGAUGGACCCACUUCGGAUAGUGGCCUGAAGAUGGAAGUGCUCAAGGCAGUGACGGCUCUGGUGAAGAACUUCCCCAAACCCAUGGUGACCUCUAUGCAACAGAUUCUGCCUAUUGUUUGGAAUACUUUGACCGAGAGCGCAUCUUUUUAUGUGAGAACUGAAGUCAACUACACAGAAGAAGUAGAUGAUCCAGUUGACUCUGAUGGUGAGGUUCUUGGCUUUGAGAACCUGGUGUUCAGCAUCUUUGAGUUUGUCCACACACUGCUGGAAAACAAGAAGUUCAAGAGCACGGUGAAGAAAGCUCUACCAGAGCUUAUUUAUUAUAUCAUCCUUUACAUGCAGAUCACAGAGGAUCAGAUCAAAGUAUGGACAGCCAAUCCUCAGCAGUUUGUUGAGGAUGAGGAUGAUGAUACUUUCUCUUAUUCGGUUCGGAUAUCAGCACAGGAUCUGCUACUGGCUGUUGCCGCAGAGUUUCAGAACGAAAGCGCUGCGGCUUUAGCAGCGGCCGCAACACGGCACCUCCAGGAGGCAGAGCAAGCUAAGAACACAGGCAGCGAACACUGGUGGAAGGUUCAUGAGGCUUGCAUGCUAGCCCUGGGCUCGGUCAAGACCAUUAUCACUGAGAAUGUAAAGAACGGUCGUGUGCAGUUUGAUAUGCAUGGUUUCCUUGCCAAUGUCAUCCUUGCUGACCUCAACUUGCCAGCAGCCUCGCCAUUCCUUUUGGGUCGGGCCUUAUGGGCAGCCAGUCGAUUCACUGCAGCAAUGUCCCCUGAGCUCAUUCAGCAGUUCCUGCAGGCCACUGUAAGUGGUCUGCAUGAGAGCCAGCCACCCUCUGUUCGCAUCUCUGCCGUGAGAGCUAUUUGGGGGUACUGUGAUCAACUUAAGCUGUCUGAGAGUACCCACGUCUUGCAGCCUUUCCUUCCAAGUAUCCUGGAAGGGCUGGUGCAGCUUGCGGCUCAGUUCAGCUCUGAAGUUCUCACUUUAGUCAUGGAGACCCUCUGUAUUGUUUGCACAGUGGAUCCAGCUUUUACUACGAGUGCUGAGAACAAGAUCUGCCCCCUCACCAUUGCCAUCUUCCUUAAGUACAGUAAUGAUCCUGUCGUAGCAUCAUUAGCACAGGACAUCUUUAAGGAGCUUGCCCAGAUCGAAGCAUGCCAAGAACCCAUGCAAAUGCGCCUCAUUCCUACUCUUGUUAGUAUUAUGCAGGCACCACCUGAUAAAAUCCCAUCUGGCCUUUGUGCUACAUCCAUAGAUAUCCUAACUACAGUUGUUCGUAACACCAAACCCCCGCUGUCUGACAUGCUUGUGUGUCAAGCUUUUCCUGCAGUGGCCCAGUGCACCCUACGUACAGACGACAACACCACAAUGCAGAAUGGUGGCGAAUGCUUGAGGGCCUACGUUUCUGUGGCACUGGAGCAGAUUGGCCAGUGGCAGGAUGAUCAAGGCCAUAGUGGGCUCUGGUAUGUCAUGCAGGUUGUGAGUCAACUCCUGGACCCCCGCACAUCUGAGUUCACUGCUGCUUUUGUAGGUCGUCUGGUGUCCACUCUCAUCGCCCGGGCUGGCACUCAGUUAGCCGACCAGUUGGACCAAAUACUGCGUGCCAUCCUUAGCAAAAUGCAGCAGGCCGAGACCCUCAGUGUGAUGCAGUCUCUGAUCAUGGUUUUCGCCCACCUGGUCCAUUCCCAAUUGGAGCCACUGCUGGAAUUCCUUUGCAGUCUCCCAGGUCCCACAGGAAAACCUGCGCUAGAGUUUGUCAUGGCUGAGUGGAUGAGUCGCCAGCAUCUGUUCUAUGGCCAGUAUGAAGGCAAAGUCAGUGCUGUUGCCUUGUGUAAACUACUCCAACACGGUCUCAAUACAAAUGACAAGCGACUCCAAGAUAUAGUCGUCAAAGGAGAUGAAAUGUUUAAUCCAGACGAGGGCAUUUGCACACGUUCCAAAUCAGCCAAGGACCCACAGCGGUGGACCAACAUUCCUUUGCUGGUGAAGAUCUUUAAACUCAUUGUCAAUGAACUGUCUUCUGUAGUGGAGGCUAAUGCAAAUAGAGCAAAUCCAGCAGACUGGAGCCAAGAUUCUGGGGGAAUGUGGGACGAUGUGGCAGAGGAUGAUGAUGAUGAUGAUGAUAACGCAGAAGAUGAAGGGCUGGCAGGACAGCUUCUCUCAGAUCUCAUCGCCUCUAACAAAUACGAUGAUGAUUAUUAUGAGGAUGAUGAUGAAGAAGAUCCAGAUGCCCUGAAAGAUCCCAUUUUUCAAAUUGAUCUUCAGGCUUAUCUGACAGAUUUCCUAACCCAGUUUGCCCAGCAGCCUUGCUAUAGCAUGUUUUCAAGCCACUUGAAUGAAGUAGAGAGAAGAGCCUUGCAGUCCAUUGGAAUAUGACCAAUACUGCUACCCUACAUCAGCUCCUUGUCCUUGUUUCAUUCUUUACCACACAGUCAUCUUCUUUUCGAACUUGAAAAUUUGAGUGGCCUUGGAAUGCCUUUUGGACGGCGCUCUUGAUGCACAACCCAAAAGAGGACUAGUCUGAUUAAGGUUUACAUGCCUCUCCCUAUGUUUUAUGAAGGGAAGGAAUGGACAUUGAUUCCCUGGGAUGUUCGGAGUGCAGGGUGGGGUGAGGGGCAGCAUCAUGUUAGCAUCCCAAACCGGACUAUGUGGGCUCAUUUCAAUCGGAUGUCACAGUUAUCAAAACACUACUGUGCUUUGAUCAACAUCUGGUGUGAUGAAGGGGACUGAUGAAUUAUUUUUCGCAAAGGUACUGAUAACAGUAUAGGAAUGGUUUAAACGUAUCAACUUGUCCAUUUGUACCUUUUUCACUUUACUAAAUCUAAAUGGUUACAAAAUCUUUCUGUAGAGGAAGGGAAAAGACUUCUGACAGAUGAAGUUGGAACUGUUGGCGGCCUUAUUAAAAUGAUCCAUGUUUUGUCAUUGUGGUCUCAUGAGCAUGGUCUUUACAGCUACACUGUGUGGGUAAGCAUGAAGAAUCCAUUGUUACCAUGGUGAUUCUACAGUCUGUUAGCAACACUGUCUCCAUUGGAGUAUAAAUAAAUUUCAAAAUAAAAGGCCUAUUAAGGUCUAAUUUUUAAUUUUA